AUGGGCACAGAGGGACUCCUGUACCCUCAGAUGCUGUGGCUGCUCCUCUGGGUACAGCUGUGCAGGGGUGCUGCGGAGGUGAGGCUGGUGGAUGGCAGCGGGCGCUGUGCUGGGAGAGUGGAGGUGAAACACCAAGGCCAGUGGGGGACCGUGUGUGAUGACUACUGGGGCAUGAACGAUGCAGCAGUGGUUUGUAAACAGCUGGGCUGUGGGUCUGCUGUUGGAGCACCUCAGUACGGACACUUUGGGCCAGGAUCUGGCUGCAUUUGGUUGGAUGAUGUCAACUGCAACGGCACCGAACCUGUCCUUUCUGACUGCACACAUGCAGGGUGGGGUGAACAUAACUGUGAGCACUUUCGUGAUGCUGGAGUGAUAUGUUCAGGAUUUGUCCGGCUGGUGGAAGGGAAGAGCCGCUGCUCAGGACGUGUGGAGAUACAUGAUGGAGACCAGUGGAAAACUGUUUGUGAUUCCCACUUUGGUCCCAAAGCUGCUGAUGUGGUCUGUAGGGAGCUGCAGUGCGGCAUGGCCCUGCCUGUGGCUGGAGGAGGUCACUUUGCAGAAGGGGUUGGUCCCAUGUGGGAUGGAGAGCUGCAGUGUGUGGGGAAUGAGUCCCUCCUGUCCUCCUGCCCCAAGGGGUUCUCCAGGGACCAGGCCUGCACCCAGAAUAACAGCGCUGUUGUCAACUGCACAUUGUUUGAAGGUGCUGCGGAGGUGAGGCUGGCGGAUGGCAGUGGGCGCUGUGCUGGGAGAGUGGAGGUGAAACACCAAGGCCAGUGGGGGACCGUGUGUGAUGACUACUGGGGCAUGAACGAUGCAGCAGUGGUUUGUAAGCAGCUGGGCUGUGGGUCUGCUGUUGGUGUUCUUCAGUACAGACACUUUGGGCCAGGAUCUGGCCCCAUUUGGUUGGAUGAUGUCAGCUGUAACGGCACCGAAUCGGCCCUGUCUGACUGCACACAUGCAGGAUGGGGUGAACAUGACUGUGACCAUAUUGAGGCGGCUGGAGUGAGGUGUUCAGGUAAGAGGUCAGUCUGUUGCACAUAUUUGGGGUUUGGAUGUUGAAAGUCACCUGACUGUGCCCUCAUGGAGCAACAAACAGAAGCUGGAGCAGGGCACAGUGAUGCUGGUCAAACUGCUGAGCUAGCACUCCUGUUGCUCAUGGCCCCAGUCCCUGAGGAAGGGCCAGAGGGAGCCAACUCCACAUUGAACUAACCCUGCCACAGUGCAUUGGACCCACCUUCAUUGGUGUCUUGGGCUGCAGGGGAAACCUCCAUCC